CGGCGCCGGAGCCGCCUCCUCUGCGCUCCAGGCACAGAGCCAGGGAGGGCUGGCUGCCAGCUGUGCUACCCUGAGUGGGGGCUGCUCCUCACCAGAGCCAGGGGCCGGGGAGUCAGUCCCAUGCAGAGAGCAGAGACUGGCCCAUGGGUCGGGGAGGGCCCCUGGAGCGGCUGCCCCUGCCCACUCACCCUGCCCAUCUCUGCCCAGGCUACGCGGUGCGGCCCAUCGUCCCGGCCAGGAGGGCCGAGCUGGUGGCGGUGGCCAAGGCCAUGCACCGGGACCAGUUCGGCAGGGAGGUGCAGGAGCUGUUCCACCUGGAGAGGGAGGCAGCGCUCACGGCCAUGCAGACAGGUCUCUACAUCGGCUGGCGCUGCCCUGAGUACCUGUGGGACUGCUUCCGUGUGGGUGACCUCUCCAAGUGCUUCUGCGGGCACCUCCUGCGGGAGCACCAGGUCUAUGUCGGUAGGUUCGGGGCGGCCCAGUGCUCUGGGGCAGGGCUGGCGGGGCCGCGGGGUCUGGGGAGCACCAGGCCUGUGUUGGUGAAUAUGGGGCAGCCGGACACCGUGGGGCAGGGCUGGCAGGGCACCAGGCCCGUGUUGGUGAGUGCAGGGUGCCCGGUGUGCCAACCCCCGGCACAGAAAGUGUCUCCCUGGUGCCUGUGGCUCGGUGUCUCUGGCUGCCGGUGCUAUGGGGAGGAGGAGGGAGGGUGCUGGGGACUCUCGGGUACUGUGGCCAAGACCCAGGGGCCCCGAAUCCUCGCCAGGCUGAGCCCUGCCCUCCCCCGCACAGGCUGUUGGUGCAUCAGCUUCGAGUCCAACUUCCUGUGUGCGGCCUGUGACCGGCGCUGGGAGGAGCACGAGACCUUCUUCGAGACGGCUGAGACGCGGCGAAAGGGGGGCCGGCCCUAUGGAGAAGCCUACUUGCCCUUUGCCGAGAUGCCGGAGCUGCGGAACGCCGUCCUGACGGGACACCCGGGGCACAGCUCUGACCCCCAAGCCCCGCUGGGGGAACUCCCUGCCCCGCCCUCACACGCUCUGCCUUUUCCCUCCCCAGGACUGCGGAGCCCGGCCAAGCAGAGCGGCAAGAAGGCGUGAGGCCCGCCCCGCGGCAGCCACCAAUAAAGGGACUUGGCUCUGCA